UGAGCCCCACAGAACAACGGUACUCUGUGGGCGAACGAGAAGCACUGGCCUGUGUCUGGGCGUGCGAAAGGUGGCACCUCUACCUCUAUGGCCGUCUGUUCACGCUCCGAACCGACCACCAGUCCCUCACAACGCUACUGUCGGCAUCAGGAACUGGCCACAAGCCACUUCGGCUGCACAGAUGGGCCGACUGCCUCAGACAGUACGACUAUCAGCUGAAGUUCACUCCAGGGAGGGAUAACGUGGUGGCAGACCUCCUCUCACGCUCCUUUGACGCUCCUACUCCGACCGUCUUGCCAGACGACAACGAAACAGAGCUCGUACAAAUGCUUUACGCUCCUCUUCAGUCAGUUGUCUCACUGGAGGAGCUGAAGCAAGCAUCGGAACAAGAUCCCACACUGUCUACCCUGCGCACCUACAUACGCACUGGAUGGCCAGCACACGUGCCGGAAGAGCUGGCGACUUUCGCCAGGGUGAAGCACGAACUGUCUUGCUGGGAAGAAGUCUGUGUCUCUCGAGGGUUUUGCACUGUGGUCCCAAGUGGUCUGCGUGCGCGUGUUCUAUCCAUGGCGCACGAGGGGCACUUGGGCAUAGUGAAGGUCAAACAGCGAUGUCGAGACCUUGUGUGGUGGCCAGGCAUCGACCACGACAUUGAAGCCCUGGUCAGGGAUUGUGCUGCAUGCCUCCUCAGUGGGAAAACAGGACAGUCCGCCCCACCCCCCUGCAGCCUCUCGCAUGGCCGUCCCGCCCCUGGGAGCACAUCCAACUGGACAUCUGUGGCGAGAUCCAUGGUCACGCAGUCCCUCACCAUCAGCGCUUCCUGGUGGUGGUGUAUGACCUCCACUCUAAGUGGCCAGAAGUGGUUCCUGUCGGAACUGUCACAGCACAGGCCAUCGUGGACAUCCUAGACAGCCUGUUCACAAGGUGGGGCCUGCCCCUCACCCUUACCACGGACAAUGGGCCCCAGCUAAUCUCUGCCGAGUUCUCCUCAUAUCUCAGCAACAAGGGAAUCAAACACAUCCGCACGGCCUACUACAACCCACAAGCUAACGGAGGGGUGGAAUGCUUCAACCAAACGCUGAAGAACGGCAUCAGAGCGCACCUGGUCCAGGGGUGCACGUUCCAAACUGCUUUGAAUCAAACGCUAAUGCACUACAGAGCAAGCAAACACACAACAACACAGGCCUCCCCGGCAUCCCUCAUGCUAGGUCGUGAGAUGGAACUGCCACUGGACAGACUCAGAACACAGAGAGUUGCAGAACCGGCAACUAGGUGCACCCAAGAACAGCAGGCAGUGACCAGGCACCAAAGAGCAAUGAAACAGCGUUGUGACAAGGCACACAGGGUGAAGAAGUCGAUCAUUGAGUGUCUGACUGGGUCCGAGCCCGACGGCCUCAGCGGUGCAACAAAAUGGACUCAUUCUGGUCGGAACCCCUGCAGGUCAGUCGACAACUGGGGCCCGCCACAUUCAUGUUGAGCAAUGGAUCACGCUGGCACGCCAGCCGCCUCAGGAAAGUCCCUGCUCCUCAAGGAAUACGAAUGCACACAGAACAGACAUGCAGGCCAGAGACGCCACCGGAUGGACCUCCCCCACCACUACCACCCGAGCCCCAGCCUCUACGGGCUCCCCAAGGGCCAGAGCCACAAGCGGUGGCGGUUGAAGAAAGGCCUAUGCGGGCACGAACUCGCCCUGCUCAUCUGGGGGACUACUUAACCUCUUUUCAUUCUUAGGCUCCGGUAGGUGUCUUAGUCAACCUCCAGGUUAAUGGACUGAACUGGUUAGUUUGGAGAGUCCUUCUGUUUAAAGGUUAAUGUUUUAUUUCUUACAGGUAUCACUCUAGGUUAUUGCCCUAUGGACAUUUUAUAUAUGGUACCAGUCCCUGGUUUUGGAAAGGGGGGGAAAUGUUAUGUAUGGUACGACGUGCUGUACGUCAUACUGUACGUUGUUAUGGUUUACGACAGUGUGCUGCUUUAUGGAUGAAUGGGUUGU